AUGAGCUCCCAGAGCACACAAAAUGUAUUCGGAUCAACCAGGUCAACUCCUUCUUCAGGUUCCUCAAUUUUUGGUACUCCAGCAGGAGGGUUUGGCACUACUUCUACUUCUUCUUCUUCUUCUUCUUCUUCUUCCUCAACUUCAGCAUUUGUUGGUUCAAUUUUUGGAACUCCAGGAGGAUUCGGCACUCCUCCUACAUCUUCUUCUUCCUCCUCAACUUCAGCGUUUGGUACUCCAGCAGGAGGGUUUGGCACUACUACAUCUUCUUCUUCUUCUCCUUCUGCCUCAACCCCAAUUUUUGGUACUCCAGCAGGGUUUGGCGCUGCUCCUACUUUAGGGUUUGGCUCGAUAUCAUAUAGCCCAACUUCAGGGUUUGGUCGCUCAACUAAUGGUAACUCUCCAUCCCCUCAAUCCUCUCAUUUCUCCACCAAUCCAUCAAAUCGCCCUUCCCUUUUUGGAGGUAGUACAACCUCGACUUCAACCUCGACUUCAAAGCUUGGUAGCUCAACUAUUGGUAGCUCUUCGUCCACUACCUCCAAUACAUCGGACCAGCCACCGACAUCUGUAUUACCAACCGCAACAUCACUUUUUGGAUCAACUACUGUGCUCAAAAACCCAGUUGCCUCAACAUCACUUUUUGGAUCAAUUAAAAAGGCUGUUACAUUUAAUAAGGUGGUGGAGGCGUAUGAUAAGGAGGAAGAAGAAGAAGAAGAAGAUGAUGAUGAUGAAGAUGAAAAGGAGUAUGAUUAUGAGGAGGAGGAGGAAGAAGAGUUGGAAGAAGAGGAAGAGGAAGAAGAAGAAGAAGAAAUAGAGGAUCAAGAAACCAACAAAAAGAGCCAAGACAUCAUAUCAAACUCCAAUACAUUUUUAAAUAGAGUGGCCUCAUUUGUAAAGAUUAUCAAUGACAAAGAGUACCAAACAAAGAUCACCGACUCUAAACUAUCAGAGAGACUGUUUUUGGCCCAACUCGAAGAGAAAAGAUCAUCUAUCACUUCUUGUUUGGAAGAGAGGGUAGAGCAAUUGGAAGAAUCAAACUUGAAAUUUGCGGUUUAUGUAGGAAACUAUAUCCACCAACUCAACAAAGAUUUUGCCAAUCAAUCUAUUCAACUCAAAAAAGAAAGAGAUAAUGACAUUCAAGAACUCAACAAAGGAAUAGAGGUCCUGCAAAAGGACCAUUUUGAAAGAAUUCACCGUUUGGAGACCCAAUCAAAGGAAAGAGAAGAAAAGAUACAACACGAUCACCAAACCAGAUUGACUGAAUUGAUUGAAUUGGAAAAGAAAUAUGAGAAUCUAAAAGGUGAAAGAUUGGAAGGACUAGAUGAUAAAGAAUUGAACCAUCUCAUUGAAACCAACCAAAAAAGUAUUCAAAAGAUUGAUAGUCAGAAAUACAAUCGUUUGGUCAAGACAUUGGAAACACUCAAAAAAGAGAAACAAGAUUUGGUUGAUCAGAGUCUCUGUGCAGUCUGUUCAGAGGAACCAACCAAGAUAAUUCUCAAACCUUGUCAACACUUUUGCCUAUUCAAUGAUAAGAAUAUUUCCUCAAAAGAUAUCACUAGUACCAUGAGCAAUCUAUCUUUGGAAUCGGGCAUCAAAUCAUUUGAAGAUAGAGCAAACUCGAUAAAAAAGAAUAUUGAUGAAAAAUCUUAUCAAAACGAAGUCAAAAAAGCCAAAGACUUGGAAACAGAACAUUGGAUUAAAUGUCGUCACAAUUUACAAUUUGUCCAAUUAAAAUUAGAGAGAAGGAUAAAAGAUUUGGAGGAUUCACACUUGGCAUUAAUCGAGUUUUCAAGAGCACACAUUGAAAAGAUGAAAAUAGAUUUCGAAAUUCAAUCAUCACUGGAAACAGACAAACUAAAAAAAGCAAUCGAGGAAAUGAAAAAGGAGAACAUGGAAAAAAUCCAAAAGUUGAACACAGAAUAUUUGGAAAGCCACAACAGGUAUACAGACUAUUUUAUUAAAUUUAAUAAUAUACAGAGAGAAUAUAAACAUAUCCUUGGAGAAUGGUUGCAUGGACUAGGUGAUCAAGAAUUGAACAGUCUCAUUGAAACCAAUCAAAAGAGUAUUCAAAAGAUUUAUGACUAUAAAAUGGAAACACUCAAAAUGAAGAAUCAAGAAUUGGUUGAUCAGAUUCUCUGUGCUGUCUGUUCAGAGGAACCAACCAAGAUAAUUCUCAAACCUUGUAAACACCUUUGCCUAUGUAAAUUGUGUGCUUCAAAAGUUACCUCUUGUCCAAUGUGUCGUUCCCCAAUCACAAAAAAGAAACAAAUAUUUUCAUAA